GCACAACACCAGUCUGGACGCAUCACACAUCCACGCUUUCCAGAGGCCUCUAUCAUCAGAAGAGCUCUGAAUCACCCAGAGGAGGAGGAGGAGAGAAAGUAUCUGCAGCAGAUAAGCAUCAGAACAAAGAUACAGAUCAGUGAGUCAAACUGGCUGCAGACGAGACAAAACGCUUGGUGGAGGAGGGAGAGGCCAACAGGGAAGCAGGCAAGGAGCUCCCUCGCAACCUGAUGGUGAGAGUGGAGCUGGAGUGGGACAUUCCCAUGGCAGUGACACUGCCCAUCCAGGUGCAGCCCGACCCGGCCUACCAACCCUUCCCCUUCCUGGACACCACUCUGGCCGACCUGGGCAUCCAAGAGUCAGAGGUGAAGGAGAGGGUGGUGUGGGUGGACACCAAGAAGACCCAGGUGAAGAACAAAGCAGGGAAGCUAAAGGAGAAAGAGAUCACCAUCCUGGAGGUAAGAGUGAAAGCCCAGAAAACAGGAGACAAACAGCUCCAGGAGGUUCUGUACAGCACCGAGGCCCACACCGACCGCUCCUUCUGUCGCACCGGGAUGAAUAUUUUGCCCUGGAAACAGAGAUACACAGCAGAGAAUGGACUGACACCGGUGCAGAUGACGAUGGCGUUGGACGCUCAGAACCAGCAGCCUGGCGUCACCGAGGAUCAGGGACAACGGGAGAUCUGAAGAGCAGCAUCCAUCAUCCCGAAUAAAAGAGGAGUGUAAUUUAAUGUGACUCUACAGGCCAACAUCUGGUUACGCUUUUUUUUUUAGAAGAAUUAAAACAACGGGGCGAUGUAAAAGUUCAAAUUGUCCACAGCAAAGCACAUUUUUUGAUGCAAGUUUGCAUUUACUUCAGAGGCUUCAACAUGUCGGCACUCUCCCUCUCUGUGAGAUUGAAUGGAUUGACAUUAACUGCAUGGUGAACCUAGAUGGCGAUAUAGCAUCCUGUUAAAUAUUGGAAGCAUUUGUAAAAGUAUUCUUCAAUUUGUACUGCAGGAUAUUGUUUGUAAAUACUAAAAAGUAGCACAAAUACUCUAGAGUUCUUGCUGAGCAUUAACAGAGUGCACUAAGGGUAAAGUAAGCGCAGUUUUUAAUAACAAAUGAGCAUAUGUCCAGUUAGUCAGUGAGCUCUACGGGUCGUUGGCUCGGUGCAGAAGUCAAUUUUUAAGCAGCAGUGAAAUCUCUGAAUAAGGCAAUGUUAGAAAAGAGCACAUAGGACUCCACAGGUCACAGCCUGCUGAUUUAAAAUGGUAGAUGGUAAUGAAAAAUGAUAUUUACCAGGAGAAUAAAUUGCUUCACACUCUGAUAGUAAAGCCAGAGGUCUUUCCAAACAGUGGAAAGGGGGCAGCGUAACAAUUAAUGGUAGCACUUUACAGGAAUAACAGAAAACAAAACAGAAUACACAGGAUGGUAAACCAGAACUUGUAAAAUAAUAAAACUUCAACAUACCAUGCACAUAAGCAAACAAAUUAAAAGUUAAUAGUCAGAAGCAGAGCUGCUGAAUAUAAUAAUAACCGGAGCAGAAUGGUUCAAGUGCUGUAUUUAGAUCAUUUUAGGGGAAACUUCACACACAACUGUCCCUUUUUCCACCUACAGUAUAAAAAUUCUGAGUGGAAGGGUGUGUGAGAGUUAUGAGGCAGUGACGACUGCACUAAGUUUGGCCUGUUGCUCUGCUGGAAGAGGCCUCACAGCUGCCUGGAACUCUGCGCAGUGGUUCUGGGCAAAUUGUUUCAUCAGUAGAACUGCAGUGUUCUGGGUUUCUGUGGAGGAGAAGGAAACUAAGGGUUAGGGAUGACAGCAAAACACUGAAUAGAGAUUAGAGGAGAGUAGUGAUGAUGACUGAGGGUGACCUGUGAGAUAAAGUGUGAGAGUGUCAGUUGUGCUGUGUUUUUUCUGUUUUCGAGAACAACUGAAGCACAGAUAGUUGGAACAAUAAUGAGCCUGAUGUACUUUGCUCAAAGAGGGUGACUGUCAGUGCCUUCUGAAAAAACAGCCUUCAUGUUAUCAAAGAAAUUUUCACCUUUAUCAACAUCCUUGUGGUCCAAGACGUGACUGGAGGCAACAACUAUCUGCUUCAUUACCUUCACAACCUGAAAGGGAAAAGGAGAUUUUUUUUUUUUAAAAACACAUGGUAGCAUUUAAUAUAUAAAGCUUGGACUAAGUGUGCACAAUGUGAGACAUACUGCGAACGUCAGGAUUUUCAUCUGAGCAAGUGUUGUCUGUGAAGUCUGCUCUGAAUUGAAUGUUUAGGUUUCUGCACUGUGUCUACAUUUAUUUCAAUUCUUUAGGUUUGAGGAUUCUGUCAUGAUCUUAUGGUGGAUUGUAUGAAAAUACUGUUUAACAAGUAUCAUUUAAUAAAAAAAUUAAAGACA